GAAGUUACAGAAAUUAUAAUUGUAAUGAGCGGCAGGGGGACAUUUUCCGCGCAUUAAUAAAAUCCGUGUGUACCUUGAUUACUAGUCUUUUUUUGUAGAUUGUUUUUUUGUAUGUAGAUGUAUUUUUUGUAGUUAUUGUUAAUAACGGUAUUCGAAUUCUACAAAGGACGGUGCAUUGAGGCACACGUUAAGAUAAUACCAAUGAGACCCGACAUCUUCACCUUUCUACCGGCAUUCAACCUUAUAAAGUAUGCUAUGCGUACCGUCAUAUUUCAAUCAUUACAUUCCGCACAGGGGUACAACAAUAAUUAUUAAAAUGUGUAUUGACAGCCACGAUGCCAUACAUCGGCAAAAAUAUAUUGGUCAAUCAAGCAGUGUCUUUAAGCCGUGUUGAAGCUACCUGUGUUAACAAUGUAACCAUAACUUUUGUAGAGAUCAACAUAUUGGUUUCAACUUAUCUCAGCCAAGGUAGCUUCCUUAUUUAAUCGCAUAUGUACUCUUUGAAAGAAAAAUAAGUUCCCACCAAGAAUCAUUUAAAUCGAGCUCGUUCUCUUAUCUUGUGUCGUCUGCUCCAGGUGGUAAAAAAAGCUCAUGUCGUGUGCUACGCUAGCAGACAACGGCACAAAUAAAUAACCAUAUGGUAACAACACAGGAUGAAUCGAUUUCGCAAGCGUAGAAAAAUUCGCUGGCAGAAGUUGUAAUAAUACUUAAAGUAGAUUUGUUCGAAUAGACCAUUAUAUGCUUGCUGUCAUUGAACCAUGUGUGGAUUGUUUCUUUCUUCAGAGUAACCUCGUUACCUCAACAUGUUACUUCGAUCUACAUUGGGCAGGAACUUUCAGUGCCGUACAGCACUGAAAGCAGGUCUACCGUCAGCUUCGAUCAUAAAUGUUGGUCACCAGAUUCCUAAACACAGAACUAUUGGUAGUGAAGCAUAUGAAGGUGAUGGCAGGACAACAAUGACGUCCCUCAAUGAAGACCAAAGCGGAACACGGCUUCUUAUAAAUAGCUAUAGUACGCUGGGGUUUCGUCUGAAUAACCAAAUGUUUGUGCUGGGUUCGAUCGCGCUGUUUCCACGUUCAUUAUUCCAAUGGAACGUUCAAAGACCGGAAGAUAUUAACGAAGAUUCCUUAUCGCUCUUCUUGAAACUCGAACCCAAACUCGACGUCCUUGUCAUCGGAUACGGUGAAAGAGAUAACAGCAAUGUAGUAAUGCAACAACUUCAAAAAAUAUGCCAACAACAUCGUCUUGGAUUGGAAUUUUUACCAACGAGUCAGGCGUGUGCGACAUUCAAUUUUCUUAACGCGGAACUUCGCCCAGUCGCAGCCGCCCUUCUUCCACCCUCGUUCAUACCAAACAGUGAUGAAUGCUACGUGGGCCCAGCAAUGGAACGAAGAUUUCUGAUCGAUUUCAAUGAACAUAGCGACAAAAUUACACAGAAGAGUCUGAAUCAAAUUCGAACAGAUGCGAAACAACGAUAUUUUCCCAGGCUAAAAAAAGAAAAAUCUGAGAAAAAUGAGACAGACUGAUUUACUAGGUAGAUAGAUGGUUUUCAACAUGUCGGGUCCUGAUGCUUAUUACUAGUUUCCUUGCACCGUGUACAUUUGUAGAAUCAAUGUUGGAGUUCAAAUAAAUGUGAGUUAUAUGAAUAUAACAAAAAUAGAAAAAAACUCGUUUUUUCUGCUCAAUAUUAUAUGGGUCAUUAAAACGUUAAACAUAUGCCGCCUGCUUUAGAAGUCGAGAUCAACCCUUGAGGUCUUCUUCCCUAUAGGAUCACGGGAUGGCCAUUUGCAGUUUAUGGCUAAAAGUGUAAAAAGUGAAAAAAGUGGCGUAAAAGAUAAAUACGAUGGCAUACCAUUUUAACAAAUGUAUGGUUAUGUGA